GUUAACGCUUGUUACUUUUCCGGUUUGCCUAACCAGCAUGGCGAACUUCGAGCAUGCUGAAGACGAAUCAAAACACGUCAAAAUGCCCGGUGGUAUCCCCGAUGUUAGUCGGCCAGUCCAACCAGAUUAUGCGUCCACUGCGCGGGGCGGAGGUUUUGGCGGCGUCCCGUGUACGAUCCCGUCGUUCGCCUCCGCCUUGGAGCUGCUGUCAGCACCGUACUCGUGUCUGGUCAUGAACACGCACCGGAGACACAUCGCCCUGCCACCCGUAUAUAUGUACAAGAAGAAGACUGGUAUACAAGAGGAGCUGGAAACAGAGUUGCUCAAGUUUACCCAGAGUCUGAAUGGAGUACCCUUAGCUUAUGACAACAUCAGGAUAGUGGGCAAACAUGGGGACAUUUACGAUGACAGCGGCUACAUCCACAUGAACGUAGAAGCCAACUUUAUUGUGUUUCAACCCCAAAAGGGACAGAAACUCCUGGGUAAGGUGAAUAAGCUGGGAGUAAGCCAUGUGGGCUGCCUUGUGCAUGGCUGCUUUAAUGCCAGCAUCCCCAAACCAAAUCUGGUCUCCGUGGAAACCUGGAGGGAUGCAGGGCCAAGUAUUGGGGCAGAGCUGGAGUUCGAGGUGACGGCGCUCGAUGCUGAUGCCGCAGGGGUGCUGCUGAUCAGAGGACGGCUGGACAGGACCAGGGUGCAGGAGCUGCUGGCUAUGGCUGAGAGCUCAGAAUCCACGGUUCCUGCUGAACAACUAGAACCAUCCAACACAGAACCAACCUCAGAAGCAACCCAGGAGCCUCCUGAUGACACCCCCAAGAAAAAAAAGAAAAAGAAGAAAGCCAAAAUCAAAGAGGAGGAGAACGAAGAAGAGGUAAACGGGAUUCCUCCUGGCCAGCUGGACAUCAACGCAGCACCAGACCUGAACAGAACAGCGGAUGAGACAAACGGUGCAGAAGCUGGUGAGAAGAAGAAGAAGAAAAAGAAAAAGGACAUGCAAGUGAAAGAGGAGGAAGAGGAGGUAAUGGUCUCUCCUAUGGAGAUUCAGGGGAGCGACUCCAGCGGUUACCUCAGCGACAAGCCAAGCAAGAAACGGAAGCACGAAGCAUCAGGUCUCAAUAACGAUCCCGCACCAACAAAACCCAAGAAGAAGAAAAAAGGGGAUAUUGAGCAGUUUGCCUGAAAUAAAAACAAAUGAUGGGCUGGAUGCCCUGUGAAAUUUAAAUACUGUAGAUUAACUGAGGCUGGCAGAUGUGGAGGAAUAUCCAGGCGUGCCUUAAUGAGUAAAUACAUUUCACAAAGCAAUAUCUGCUCUGUGUUGGAUUCUACUGGGCUCCAUAAAUUAUUUCAACAGAAGUUCAGAUGUGCAGGAGUUCAGCGAUAAUGAAGGGAAAGAAGCAGGCCUGACAGCCCACUCCUCAUCAGGUCGUGAUUCCAGGAUGCUGCCUGAUGGUGGAGCAAAACUCCUCUAAACACACUCACAACCUGGAACUCAAAAAUCCAGAGGUGGAGAUUAUCAAGUGGAACGCAGCCAGCAGGCCUGUGUUUUAAAUUUUAAGCAUAAACUGAUAUUCACUGCUCUAAUUUUUAUCCAGAAGCAACCACCAGACUACUGAGAAAGGCAGCUUCAGAUACUUUGAUAAGUUCCCUCAUGUGCCUCCGUUGUGUCGUUCUAAUAGCUCGUCUAGCCUCCUGGCCCUGCACCUAUCACAGUGACAAUCAGUGUAGCUACGAAUUUUAAUGUUUUUCUCUCCCUUCCUUUCGUCUCUGUUUUGUCUACAUUGACCAAGAAGCCAAGAAAUAGACAAUAAAGAUUUCAUUCUCAUCCUC